AUGCGCUCAAAUUUCCCGCAAUCCAGGAAAUUUCCCGCCAUGUGGCAACACCGCACAUACCCUCUAAGCCCGACUCAACGGCCCGCCACGGCCGACCUGCAGACCGCGUCCGCAUGCCGCAUCCACAGCAUGUCAUCGACCGCGUCCGGCAACAUCGUCGCCGAAUGGCUGCGUUCGCUGCGCCUCGGCAGAUACGCGACCGGCUUUCUCGACAACGGCUACGACGACCUCGAGAUCUGCAAGCAGAUCGGCGAGCCGGACCUGGACGCCAUCGGCGUUCUGGAGGCCGGUCACCGCUCGAGACUGCUGAGGUCGGUGAGGUCUCUGAGGGAGGAGGGCGCCGCUUCGGUGUAUUUCACGCUGGAGGAGAGCGGCGAGGAGUGUUUGGUGAGUGAGGAUUCGGUGAGUGCGACGUCCUCCUCGGACAAGGAGGUGCGAGUGAACGUCUCGAUUGAGAAGGAGGAGGAGGAGGAGGUCGAAGUGGGGUGUUUGGACGAGUAUGAGGAGGGCAAGGCGGAGCUGGUGAGGAUCCCAAGGUUGAGGCUCAAAGGAUUGCUGAGGGAGAGGCUGGAUCAGGAUGGGGUGGCGUUGAGCUGUCAACCGUAUUCGACGCAGGUUUUGGUGAAGCUUCGAAAGACGGUGCUAUUCGGUGGUCUUCUUGCUAUUCAAAGUCCCUUUUUAUCCAUCAACUCCACACAGAGCUUCAACAGAUGA